GCACUCAGAAGAUGAUGGACUACACUGUCACUACAGCUCAUCACGCAAUGUUGUCGACAACAUUGUACGAGUCGCUUCGGGUCGGCGGGUUUGGACCCGUUCAUUCUGCCGAGGACCGCCAACGAGGGGCAUCGUGAUGCAAUCAGCGAGCAGGUGCCAGACAAUUAGUCAACACUGCAUAGCAACUCCUCGUCAUCUCACAAAAGUUGACAUUGGUUGAUAAAGAUCACUUCAAAAAAUCUGCACUGACGCACUAGAACUACGCACAGAUCGGAAAGUCCUGAAACAUCAUGCCAACCCAGCCUGACAAUCCGGAGCCCGCCCACCACGAAGUCGACUCGAUGCUCUCACGAAAGUUUGGCAAGGAAGUCGCCAACUACUUUUCCGGCUCGCCAUUGAACAGAGUCGGCUUCCUGCGCGGCGACCACUCUUUCCUCUCGCAAGCACUCAAACACGCUUCGACCAGUUUUCUGCUCUGCAAUGAGCUCCAGCCGCUCGUCCAGCCUGGCCUGCCCGCGGGCAAAGGCAAGCUGCAGUACGUCAAGUACGAGGAUGUGAAGCCUAUCAUCGGCGAGGAUCCAUUCGCGUUAUCCGAGAAAGAGUUCAUCGAAGCAUACUCGAGCGAUAAAUACAUCCCACAAAUGAUCUUUUUGGGCAUUGAUGAGAAAGCUACCAACGGGCUGGAAUACCAGGCGAAGAACUUGUACAAGGGAGCACCAUACUUCGCUGUCGAUGUCACACCUCGGGAGAAUGUCGCUGAUGCUUGCACAACGCUUAUCGAGCGACUGAAGAGCGAGAAGGGAUAUGAGUUUGGAAAAGGGAGAAUCAUGGACAUUGAGCCUCAGGAUGCUGCCAUCUAUGCGGAAGCAAGACAGCUGCUGGAUUGGAAUCAGAGAAACCCCUUCUGCGCAGCUUGCGGGCACAAGACACUUUCUGUGAAUGCUGGAUUCAAGAGGACGUGCCCGCCAACGGACAAAGCUGCAGAAGCGGAUAAAGUUCAGCGACCAUCUUGUGUUACACGAACGGGAAUCUCCAAUUUGUGUUUCCCUAGGACAGAUCCUACAGUCAUCAUGGCUGUGAUCAACUCCACUGGCGACAAGAUUCUGCUUGGACGACAAAAGAGAUGGCCACCGUACUGGUACUCUACACUAGCAGGUUUCGCAGAACCAGCAGAAUCGAUCGAAGAGGCUGUACGAAGAGAGGUCUACGAGGAAGCGGGUGUCCAAGUUGGGCGAGUAAUCAUUCACUCUACACAACCUUGGCCAUAUCCAGCGAACUUGAUGAUUGGUGCUAUCGGCCAGGCGAUUCCAGGCGAUGGCGAGAAGAUCGAUCUGGGCAAUGAUCCGGAGCUGGACGAUGCGAAGUGGUUUUCAUUCGACGAGGUCCGACACAGCUUACGAGUGGGCACAAGUGGGCUGGGAGAGGACGCUGGACCGGAAUACAAGGAGGGUGAUUUGCGUCUGCCUCCUCAUACGGCUAUUGCUAAUCAGCUCAUGACUGCUGUGGCCAAUGGAUUUGCAUCUGGCGAGCCGAAGAUCUGAUGAACGACAGCACAUUGCGCAUGAGUCUUUGAGACCUUGGCCGUCACUGCCCACCAGCCUCUCAAUGUGCCUCUCUGGACACUAAGGAAUCUUGAAAGAAUGUCAUGACAUUUGAAGCGAGCAUCCAAUAGAGUGGCCCGAAGUUCGCCACGACAAAGCUCGCAGCUUCAUUUCAAUCACACCCCGGUUCCUAUUGUGGCCAUGAUUUAU